CCGAGAGCACUUCCAGGUCAAGCUGCUCCAGCCGGAAAAGGCCGGGCGCCGUACUGGUUGGUCUUCACUCACAUGUUUUAAUCUUGAAGAUCCAUUUCAUAGUGGAAGACUUCAAAAUCCAUUUGGAUCUACCACUGUUUUUGGAAAACUCCAAUAUCAAGCAAUAAAUUACCCAUUGUACCCUUGUUACAGUAUAGAAGCUUUCUCCAAAUCUAAGCAAGAUUGUCUCCCGUUUUCCCAUGAAGCCACAUUGUUGUUUAUUGACUUUAGUGGUGAGUGUUACUAUGCCAGCUGCUUUUGUUUUGGAAGAUGUAGGCUUCGACCACAUAGACCCACUGGGAGCAAAUCAUAGUUCUUCCAAUAUGUCAUUUCCUCCGAGCUUUGAACUCUCAGCAGGCUCCCACACAGGUGAUGAUGUCAUCAUAGCCAAAGAGGGAACUAGUGUUUCGAUCGAGUGUCUUCUCACAGUGGAGCGCUAUGAAGAUGUCCAUUGGUACAACUCGAAAGGACAGCGGCUGGACGACAGAGGCAGAGGUGGAAAAUGGUUGGUUUCUGAUAAUUUCCUGAAUAUCACCAACGUAGCCUUUGAUGACCGUGGGCUCUAUACAUGUUUCGUCACCUCUCCAAUCCGUGCCUCCUACUCUGUCACCCUGCGUGUCAUCUUCACCUCAGGAGACAUGAGUGUCUACUACAUGAUCGUUUGCCUAAUUGCCUUCACGAUCACUCUCAUCUUGAAUGUCACACGGCUCUGCAUGAUGAGCAGCCAUCUUCGCAAGACCGAAAAGGCUAUCAAUGAGUUCUUCAGAACCGAAGGGGCUGAGAAACUUCAGAAGGCCUUUGAGAUUGCAAAACGCAUCCCCAUCAUCACCUCCGCCAAGACCCUGGAGCUUGCCAAAGUCACACAAUUUAAGACCAUGGAGUUUGCUCGUUACAUAGAAGAACUGGCACGGAGCGUCCCUCUCCCACCACUCAUUCUAAACUGCAGGGCCUUUGUUGAGGAGAUGUUCGAGGCUGUGCGAAUGGAUGACCCUGAUGACAUGGGAGAAAGAAUUAAAGAGAGACCUGCCUUGAACGCUCAAGGUGGCAUCUACGUCAUUAACCCAGAGAUGGGGCGGAGCAACUCACCAGGAGGAGAUUCGGAUGAUGGCUCUCUGAACGAACAAGGCCAGGAGAUAGCAGUUCAGGUUUCUGUUCACCUUCAGUCAGAGACCAAAAGUAUUGGUACAGAUUCUCAAGACAGCAGUCACUUCAGCCCGCCUGACGAUACAGGAUCUGCUGAGUCAAACUCUAACUACAAAGAUGGGGUGUAUGAAAACGGCCAGCUUUGAGCUCUCCCAGUACCUGCAAAAACUGCUCUCGGAACAGGAACCUGUUUCAUGUAGGAAAUAACAUUUUUAACAAAAGAUGACUAGGGUUUUCCCUUGUUCCAACUAAGCACAUCAGAAGGUGCAUUAUUGCCAAAAUCUUUGUAAAAAGGCAGCGCUUUCCUGUCUGAUAUUUCUCAUUCCUUUUCCUCAAGCUUGAAUAGGUGAUACGCAUGAAAAUUGAAAAGGAGCCUCAGAGGUCAAUGUAAUGGGAAAAGUGCUACACUCAGAGUUCUGUGGCUUCUCUGGUCAUGGUUCAUCCAUUGGGUUAGGGCUGACAUGUAUCUUGAAGCCUCAGUUUUUCUAUUAAUAAGAUGAGGUAUUUGCAUUAAAUAAUACCUAAAGGAGUUUCUAGCCUUAUAACUUCUUCCCCAUCACCUUGCAUCCACUGAAAUCUUUAGCACGUCUCUGAAUAAGUCCUUCCCUGGACUUUUAGUCCCCUUUUAUGGAAAGGGCCAAGCUGAGACUUUCUUCUGUGGUUUAGAUUUCUAUACCAAUGUCAUAGCGAAUGAAGAUGAAGAUGUGGGUGUUCUCCCAUCGUUUUGCCUUGCAGAGUGUGCAAUUGCAUGUGCUAGGUUGAACCUCUUCAGUGUAGUCCGUGUCUAUGUUAUACCUAUUAGGAAGCUAGCUACUCAUUAGUAAACUACAUUCCAUGAGUAAAUUGGUCCUUUGGGGGAUAUAUUAUAUCUUUUUAACUUACUGAGGUGUCAUUGAGCUGGCGUGAUUUCUCAACUGAUCUCCAAAAGUGAGCCAUUUGUUUCUAAGGAAUAUCUUCUGCUUUUAGAAGAAGAAACCGUGUCAAAUCAUCUGUCUCUGGUAAAUCAUGGGAUUUGACAUUUCUGUUAAGAGAAUUUCUCAGGCUUUCCCUUUUUAAAAGUACUGGACUCGACAAGAGGGUUCUGUGUUUGGGAUAUUAUUCCUGGGGGUAACCUGGAGUUGGAUUCAUUCCUCUUUGGACCGCUGUCAACCCUCUUGCCUUCUGUGGUCUUAAAUAUGGUGCUAAAGGUUGCAUGCAUGCCUCCUUACCUUGUUCGUUUUGUUUGUAUUUUAUUGUUGUUGAGGGUUUCAUUUUUGUACUUCAGAUAAAGAAUUGAGUUAAGGCUCUUGCAGCCUUUCUGGGAAGCACUAACCUGAAAUAAGAUUUAAUGAUGGUGUGUAGUGUAUGUUACUGUAUUAAAAAUAUUAUUAAAUAGAUAGAUAUGGAUACAUAGAUAUUUAUAUACACAUACAUACAAAUGAUCAAGACAUAAAGAGGGAGAAAAAUUAUGGAUGAUGCCACCUGAUAAAUUGUUUGUAGUAAACACUUUAAGAUACUACUUCUUGCCUGGCUAAGAUCUGGCAUAAUGGAAUUGUUGAUACUCUUCAGAAUAAUUUCUUUAGCUACAGGAAGCUUGGUGUCAUCCUAUUUUAAGAACUUGGCAGUGGAGCUCCAUUGGUACUUCAUGUUUCUUCAUUUGGCUUCUGAUUAUUGAAGCAUUGCUUGAACUAGGGGGUCCUGUGGGAAAUGUUCAGAGGAGGUUUUAUCAGGAUUUUAAUUUGAGGUUUCAAAUAGAGGAAGGGAGGAAAUUCGAAGUGUGACCAGAUAGAACUCAUGCCUCCCUUUGUCCAGGCUUAUCAGAAACAAUACAUCUGUUCCGUAGAGCACGAAUGAAUCAAUGUGCAGUUUUAUCGGGUAGCAUUAUAGAUAAAUAUGAUAAUGCUGCCUUUUCUGUCUCUCAGGCUGUUCCCAUGGAAACCUUCAGAGCCAAACAAAACCUACCAUUUAGCCAUUUAGCCAGAGCUUGCCUUGGUUCCUAGACCUGUAUUUCUCUAUGGAAAACUACUUUCAUACUCUUGGUUAUGAGAGCAAGGGCUCUGGAACAUCCCCUAGCUUAUAGAACACAUUCCCUUCUAGAAUGUUUCUCUGGGAAUAAAACAAAGAAACUUUUUAAAAUCCCUUGUUUGUGAUCUGUCCCUGACCUUUCCUCAGAACUUCAGAUAGUAUCCCCAAUCCUGCCUCAAUGUAGCAUCCCUGGGGUCAUUUCUUAGACUGUAACUUGUCACAUUAAAGAGAAUGAAUUUACCCCACAUGUUUUCAUAAUGGACACAAGUGUUUGGAACCCUAAGGUAGACCUUUUUUAAUGCAGAGUCAUGGGAAUCAGGGCUUUGUAAAAAUGCAGGAAACAUUGAAAAGCCUGUAAAUUCACACUAUCGUAUAAUAAUUAAGUUCAGGCUACUUCAGUAUAUCCUGGAUAAAUUGUUUUAGAAACAUAAUGGUGACUUAAUUUGGUGGCCAAACUGGAUUACUUUGAAUAUUCCAGGUUAUGGUGUCAUCAAUAAGGAAUUAAAGUAGGUCAAAAUUUAAUCAGAGUUGGUAUUUCUAAAGCUAGUUUUCAAGAGAAAGGAAAUCGCACUUACUAAUGUUUUCUAUAUCUCAUCAAAUAAUCUUCAUUAUAAGUAAUAGUCUCAUAAUAGUCUCAUGUUUUUGUAAAAUUUUUAACCUUUUGAACUUAAACUAUAGCCUAAAAAUCUUUCGAUAAUAACGUAUAAAUAUACUUUUGUCUCAUUAGAUUUUAUAGUUAGUGGAAAAGCCUUGACUCAAGAUGUAUCUGAAAUAUUUAUCUGAUAAAUUUUGUCUUGUAUUUAAUGAAACUUGUUGUCUUUAUGAAAUGGUGGCUUUAGGAAAUAAAU